AUUGAGCGUUAUCAAAUCAUUCCGAUUAUAUGACAUAUUCUCAGUUGACGGUUUCAAGUCGACAGUCAUGUCGAUCCUACGUGAGAGGGAGUUAAUAAAGUAUAAAAAGAGUGAAUUGUUGGAUAUUUUAAGUAAUCUUAGAGAAGAUAUUAGCGAAAACUUAACGAAAGAUGCACUCAUUGAUAUGAUCAUUAAUUUGGAGCAGCCAAAGAGCGCGGCAGAUCAACUAUCUACUAGCUCAGAUGAUACCGAUAAAGAUUCUUACCAUAGCCGUCCACUUAGUAAUAACAAUUCUAAACACAAUACGCGUACAAGUACGAGGGCAGCAAAGAAAAAAGCAUUAAACAAACUUAGUUUAGAAUCUAUCAAUAAACCAUCCGUACAGGCUAGAUACCAGCUUCGUACGCGUACAGUCUCUAAUGAAACUACUCCAAAUUCAGUUGACAACGCCGUCAACAGUGUAUCAAUGAUGAAUUUAGAUGAACCAGAGAGUAGCUUUAACGAAGAUGAUAUCGAUUUACAAGAGGAAACGGCAUCAACACUUAAGCGUUAUCUCAAAAGACAGCUUGAACAUUUGUGUGACGUUAAUGACAUAGAUUACAGUAAAACCAAUACGAAAGAUGAGUUAAUUGAUUUACUCGUAGAGUAUAAGGAGAAGUCAACACCUUCCACCGCAUCUUCAGAUGAUGGCACUAUAAUAGAUACACCAAAACCAACUGUUAAGAGAUCGAAACUAGGCAAAGGAACAAAACCAACACGCAAGGCUAUAAAUUCAUCCUCUACCGCAACAAGUACUGCCACAACUAGGCCAAAUGUUAUCGUCAUGUCUGAUAAAACUACGCCAAAACCUGGUCAUCGUUCAAGCAAUGGUACUAGUGACGGAAUUGCAUUAGAUCUACAAGAAUUAGGUUUAGAUAAUAAAGAAAUAAGUUCGUCGUUGAUCGAAAAGAAAGACAAAAUUGGUUCAGGUGGUUUUAAGGAUGUCUACGUGGGUACUAUCCGAAAAAAGAGAUGUGCUGUUGCAGAUAUACGCGGACAAUUGACUGAAAUGGAUAUAAAAGAGUUACAAGUUCUGAGUAAACUCAACCAUCCAAAUAUAGUGAAAUUCUUGGGUGUUUCGAUUCCAGAAGAUAAAAGUGUACCUGUUAUGCUUAUCAGUGAAUUAUGUAAAAACGGUGACUUAUUUGAUUAUCUACGUCAACAUCCUCCACCAACUAACAAGAAAGCCUUCCAAAUUAUGUUAGACAUAGCUAAGGGUCUGGAAUAUCUACAUAAUGCCAAACCAAGCAUUAUACAUCGCGAUGUUAAAUCGAGUAACGUACUUAUUGAUGAUAGAGGUAGGGCUAAAUUGAAUGAUUUUGGUUUAGCAAGAGUCAAACAAUCUACUCGUUCAAUGAUACAAAGUCUCGUUGGUACUGUUAAUUGGCAAGCUCCUGAAUUAUGGUCUGCGAAACCAUCAUAUACUUCCUCAGUUGAUAUCUUUGCUGCGGCUUUGGUUUAUUGGGAGGUUUUGCAAUGGCAUAACACUAAGAAAAUGUACCCAUGGGAAGGUCAGAAUGAGCAUUACAUUUAUGAUCAAGUGGGACAAAAACACAAAAGACCAUCAUUGAAUCAUUUUAGAAGACAGUGGGGUGGUGAAAUUCUUAAUCUCAUUGAACGAAUGUGGGCACAAGAUGGAUGAGUUGGAAACUAUCAUUAAGAAUAUUGCAUAAAUAAAUCAUAACUAGAAUAACUAACGCAUAAAGAUAUUAAAAUUGCAUUGAUUGCAUAAACAAACAAACAAACAAUUU